GGCGGGGAGGGGCGGCUGGGCGCCAGCAGCGGCGAGGAGGAGGAGCGGGGUCCCAGCUCCCCGCGUGCCGAGCCUCGCCCGAGCAUGCGCACCCUUGCUGCUGCCCGGGCGCGGCGCGGCGGCGCCUUGAGCAGCGGAGAAGAGGGUGUGGAGGAGGCCGGGCAGGGGGGCGGCGGCCCCACCGUCCCCAACAGCGGCGAGGGCACUACCAGCCGCCGCCACCCCGGGCUGCUGCAGGGCGCCUCUUCCUCCCGGCGCGGCCGGCGCGGCUUUGGCGGGUUUGGCAGCUUUGGCGGCGCCAGCAGCGGCGAGGUGAGCGACGAGGACUGGGCGGCGCGCGACCCCUGGCUGCCUGAGUACGGGUCUGUGGCCGAGACCACCACUGCCGACGAGGAGGGCGAAGACGAGGAGGGCGCGGCGCAGGGCGGCGUCGCCAGGCUGCGGCCCUGGAAUAGCCGGCAGGCGCGCGCGCUCUGGCCCUACUCCACCGCCGGCGGCGAAGGGGGGGGCGUGGCUGCGGUGGCGGGCGUCGCGGCGGGGAGGGCGGUGGCGCGCUCGCAGCGGCGGAGCGCGGGGCCGCCGACGAGCGCUGCAGGAGAGUCGCCUGGGGCUGCGACAAGGCCCGAGUAG